AUGGCCCAACCAUCUGGAAAUGGCCGCUCCGGCGCUUACAGCAUGACCAACAUGGCGAAUGCCCUCCCUCAGCAACCCGGCAAUUUUCGACCUGUGGGCUAUCCUCCCGUACCUCAGCAGCAGCGAUUCAACUCUUCUACGCCAUCUACAGCUAUGAUGACUCCACCGAUGAACACUCAUUACGCACCUCAGCAUGUGAUGCCAAUGCAGAGUCAGCAUUUUUAUAUGCCGCAGCAAACGCACCAUUUCUACGGCGGACCACACUCGCCGAUGCAGCAGCAGACACGACCUAACAUUGCUUUCUAUCCGAACCACAUGGCAUUGAAUCAGCAGCAUAGUCAAAUGACACCUGCCUAUUUUUACCCACAACACAACGCUAACUUUCAACAUCAUCAAGCUAUAUCCCAGUCCAUACCGUCUGGCCAGCAUUACGGCGGAGGUGAGAUGAUAAGUGAGCACAGAACACCGUCCCAGUCGCCAACCGGAGAUCCUGCAUUUCGUCUCCAACAUGUCCAUGGAUCGAAAACAGGUGAAUCUGGCGACGAAAAUAAGGCUGGAAUUGUCCGAGGUCCCCCUCGCAAGCCACGACAAAGUGGGAAUCUGCCACCCCAGACGGAUUUAAUGAAUCUUGUUCAUCACGUUUGCAAAGAGGCACCAGGUCUCGAAUCUCUCUUCCUCAUCUCCAAGAGCAAUUGCGCCUUUGCAAACUUCAAGGACGAGCAGACAUGCAUAGCGGCACAACAAAAACUUCACGACUCAAAGUUUCAAACCGUGAGACUCGUGAGUCGUCUGCGCAAGAACACCGUUGAAGGUACGACCGGUUUGGCGGUCCCCACUGGGCCAGCAGCAUCUGCCGAGCCUCCGACACCACACACGCCUCUUUCGGAAACCAUUGUAGAUGGUACCGCCAAAGCAACGACAGCGGGACUUGACAGCAAGUCACCACAGGUCCACGAUACGGAAGUUUCGGCGCACAAGGACAAGUUCUUCAUUCUGAAGAGCUUGACUGUUGAAGAUUUGGAUCUGAGUGUAAGAACUGGCAUAUGGGCAACACAGUCUCACAACGAAGAUACGCUCAGCAAUGCAUUCAAGGCUGUUGACAAUGUGUACCUUGUUUUCUCUGCCAACAAAUCGGGAGAGUAUUUUGGAUAUGCGAAGAUGGUGUCGCCCAUCAAUGAAGACCCAGCCGCAGCCAUUGAGUUCGCCCCGAAGGCACAGUCAGCAAACGACGUGGACGCGCCCAAAUCGAUUACGACCGAAGCUACGGAACAUGCCCCAAAGGGCAGAAUAAUCGACGAUUCGGCUCGUGGCACUAUAUUCUGGGAAGCUGGUCGAGAAGACGGAGAAAGCGCCGACGAAGAAGAAGAAAGCGACGCCAGCAGUGGGAAAGGGUUUGAUGAGGUUGAGGCCAGCAACAAAUCAUGGGGGAAGCCAUUCCGACUAGAGUGGCUCUCAACGACAAGACUGCCAUUCUAUCGGGCACGCGGACUGCGCAACCCUUGGAACUCGAAUCGCGAAGUUAAAAUUGCUAGAGAUGGCACGGAACUUGAGCCUUCAGUUGGCCGCAAGUUGAUUGGACUAUUCAAUCGAGCGCAGAGCCCGAUUCCCAUGGCGGACGGAAUGCGACCAGGGAUGGCCAUGAUGGCCGGACUUUCAACGAUCUCGCUCUUAAUGGACAAGCAUACGAUCAUUGUAUUCAUUCUGGCAACUGCCACCUCAACCGGUAUUGGACAACACCAUCACGACGACUAG